CUAAAUCAAAAGCUUUGAGCCAAUUGAGCAAACCUUUCUUAUGGUGGAAAUUUCAUUCGUGCAGAAGGGUUUGUCGAGAAUCGAGUAUUGUAUAUAUCAGUGCAUGAAAAUUUAAUAAUUUCCAAAAAACGUGUCCUUUCCACAAUUGUUAAUUCAUAAAUGAAGUAUAUUUCAAACGUCAAAAAUGGGUAACAACUUUAAUUAGGAAAUUUGUGUUUAAUAAAGAUAGCAAUGAAAAUCUUUGUGUGAUAUAGCGAAAUCAGUGAUUGUAUUCACCACAGAAAAAUUCCGUCGGCCUAUCCUUGGUGUAUACGUUAAAAAAGCGAUAUUUAUGUGCAUAGUCUUUGUACUUUUGCAGAUACAAUUUCUUUAAUACCUCGUAAUUUAAUGUCUAUGAUAAUCUAAACUUUUAGUGUUAUAACUGCUCAAGAAUCAUAUUAGGUUACCUAUUAAAAAUCCUGACAGAACGGUAGUGUACUACAAAGAUAUGUUCCUGCAAUGACAAUGAGACUACUUCGAGGUACUAGGUCCAGCAGACCGCCUUUAUUUAUGUCAAUUUUUUUUUGUGUGAUUCUCUAAAUAGUUGUGCUAUUUUAUAACAAUUAUUAUGAUUCUCCGAAAUAACAACUAGAUUAUUUUAGCUGUUAAUAAAAUGAGUUCAUUGGCCAUGACCAAAACAUAUACAAAUACAUAUGUAAGUAGGCAACUAUGAACUUGGAAUUUUAAAAAUUUACAUUCGCACAGUACUUGCCAAUAUGCGCAAUAAAUAAUAAUAGAAUACAUACAUAUAAUGAAAUAAAAUCUACUAAUGCUUGUAUGGUUCCUUUUGUUAAACAGUUCAAAAAAAUAACUUAAAUGGUUCCUUACAAUAUUUAUAAAAUUAAGAUCGGCGUUCCAUCAACAUUAUUUCUUAUACCUACUCUCUAAAAUCACGUUCAUAUUGAAAUCCUCUUCACUCUACGUAUGUGUUCUUUGAAAUGGAACGUAUGUGGCGCAAAGUUAACCACAGUUUCGGUGGUCGUUCGUCAAAAACAGCAAGCGUUGCACAAGGUGCUGAAACAACAAGUUCAGCGGGAGGUAUUUGCGAUGGUAACAUUCUGACGGGAAUGACAGCUGCGACUGGAAACAGCACGGGCAAUAUGCCCUCCAGCACUGCCACUGGUCGUCGCUUGGCAGCGAGCGGUCUAAUACCAACUACUGUAGUGGGAAGUGGACCCACAACUGCUGCCGAGGGAAAUAAUAUAACAUCUCAGUAUCCCAAAUCGCUAAGCCAACACGUGCUCCAUGGCCAUGCAUCAUCUGAUCGACGAAGACGACGUCGUCGUAAAAGUCGUUCGCGACGAAGCGGAGUCAGUUGUGUUGGAGGGGGCGGUGGAGAUAAUAUGUCAUCAUCUGGUGGUUUUUACACAAUAAAAGACUCGUCUGAUGGCACAAUUGGGAAUCACCGUCAUCACCGUCAAUUAAGGCUUUCUUCAAGUCGUGUAAUGGCUACCUCUGCCCCCAGUGGCACAGUAAUGAUGUACCCUAAUACAGGUCGAGAAGUAGAUUCCAUACAAGCUGUAGUCGCUGUGACGCAAGCAGCGACUUGCACUACUACUACUGCACAAGCUGCCAUAGCCGCCACUCCAGACAUAUCGUUGCGACAACGCGCCGUAGCGAAGCUUCGAAUGUUCAAUUUUCAUCUUAAUUGGGAUUUGCACAUGACUCAUUGCAAGCCAUGCGGGCCACGACUUGGAGGAGGCGGCAGUGGUAAUAUUAUAAUGCGACGAUUAUGCCGGAAUCGACGACAUGAAGAUAACGAACUUUAUCGCUCGAAUAGCUUCAAAUUUGAAAGAUUCGAAAGAAAGGAGUGUAUCGACGAACUAACAGACACCAUGAAGAAACAGAUAGCCAUCUGCGACGAUUACAGUUUACCAGUUGAUUUUGUUAAGAAACGGCCGUCCAGCUUUGAUCCAUGUCUAGCAGAUGCUAUACCAACAAAUCCAGAACUUUGGAUUCAUCCUAGUCCACACACCGAAUUUAUUACGUUAAACGAAAGGAAAGAAACUCAAUCUCAAGACUUGGAAGCACCGCCUCCACCACCACCGUCGGUAUCUUUAUCAACGUUACCCACAAACAAGACCAAUUUGACUAGUCUACCAUCUACAUAUAUUUCGAACAGUAUACAACAUUCUAAUCAUUCUGAACAUACUGAUCUACAAACAUUAAACACACACUCUAUUCAAUCUAAAUCACAUAACCAAACGCAGUCGCAACCGCCAAUCCUUCUUCAACCACACCCUCCUCUUCCCACAGCCGUAAAACACGCAUCGAUAAAACUAAUUGAAGGUUACUCAGAUCCUAAAGAUUCUAAGCGUCAGAAGAAACAAAAACAAAAGAGAAAAGUAAAGCGAAGAGUAAACAAACAACAACGACCACCCAAUCAGCUUGACGUUUCUAAAGAUCAACAAUCAACCAAGCGUUCCAAUUGUAGUUCAGAUUCAUCAGGUCCCAAGUCUUCGGGCGAUGAAAACAAUGAAUCAAUAAAAGUCCCUGAACUUAAUUCUCCUGAUAGCAUUUCUGACGACCUUGUACACCCUUUACCUACGCAAUUAUAUCGGAGCCCGCGUAAAUUGGUAGCUGCACCGCCAGAUACUAGCAAAAGGAAUCCGUCGCCAUAUUAUUACUCUGACAUAUUAAAACCCAAAGACAACGAGGUCGGAGCGCCAGAUAAAGAUACAAAAAAUAAGAGCCGUCAAUCAACAGUUUCGGAACCGCCACAUUUGACCCAUUCAACAAAUGAUUUAGGUUUUUAUCGUAAAAGUACAAGUCUUGAUAUACCAGAGGAUAAGGAGCACGAUAAAGAUCUGGUUGAACAAGCUAAGAGCUCUUCAAAACCACUCUUAGAAUCAGCAAUUGAAAAUAUUGGUACACCAAAACGAUACUCAUUUACAGAGGAAGGAGUGCAUAUAAUUCGUUGUGAUUCGCCUACCACUUCGACUUCUGAAGAAUCUGAUUGUAGUGAAUGUCAGAAGCGUAGGCAGUGGCAUGCAAGGGCUUUGGCUUUAGUACGAAAAACAUGUAAUAUUCAGCCAAUUAGCGCGGGUGUGAAUACAGGAACUUGUGUUCAUCAGACUGACAAAUUACAGGUUUUGCCAGUUGCGGAAGACAAUUCGUCGAUGCCUCCUCAUAAACAGUUCGGCCCGGCAAUUUGCGCCUGUGUAGCACCGACUGUUGGAGACGACAUUGACGAAUUCUUUCGACCACGUAGUAUAUUCUAUGUUCAUCCGAAUGGCGUGCAUGAAUGCCCUGACUGCGUACCAGAAAUAAAAAAAUUAAACUCGUCUAUUGGAAAUGUAUUUGAGGAUAAAGGUGAAACUCAAUUAAAUUGUGCCAUUACUGAGGCCGAAGACGACGAAAUGUCUAGCCGAACACGACAAUUAUAUGAGACAGCGUUCGAUUGUAAAAUAGCUAAAUCAGACGACGAUCUCGACGAGGUUGAUCGAGUAACGAAUCACUCUAUAUUAUUUCAGCCGAAUAGUACGGAUGUUAACAUAAAGUCAGAACCGCGAUCUACAAAAUCUAUCCAAGUGAAAUCUCGUCUUGAAGUUGAUCCCACGAAAGAUGCUGACUUGGAAACUCAUAUUGUAAAUAUAACAACUGGCAUCGAAAAAGUUCUUGUUAGUGACCAAAAUGAUAGCCUACAACAGGAUUUACCAUCGAGUUCUACUUCACAAUUGCCUAUUCGUGGAUUCACUCCAUCUCCACCUUCAACUGCUCCAUUACCGAUAAAAUUCCCAGGGAAACAUGAUCGUUUCCUAAUGAAUAGUAUAAAAAGUGCUCCGAACUUGCCAUUUUCUAAUCCAGCUCAUCCACGAUUACGAGAUUUACGUCUUCCAUUACAGUCUUCUUUGCGUCAACAACAUCAGAAUGCUGGAUCUGUGGGUACCAGUAAUGAGAACAGUAUCACAGAUAGCUCUUACGUUAAUCCACCAUCUUCAACUUCACGAAACAUUCAUAACAUUACACAAUCUCAUGGUUCAAGAGGUCGCAACAGACCUCGAUCUUUUGUUAUUGAAUCGGGACGAGUAUUGGAAUUACGAAAAGGCCACGUCUCUCACCGCCACCAUGUGGCAAAUGACGGUCGCAGGUCACAUAAUUACUCCUCGACCGAAAGCAUUGCCACAUCGAGUAGUGGUGGCAGCAUGGAAUCUUUGCGAUCGAGUACCAGUGAAGGAAAUCGAAGUACUUCCAGUUCAGAAUCAAGGAACUCAACCUCGUUGAGUUCACAUAGCUCUGAAUCUGGUAGCUCGAGCGUUGCGCUCCCACUGCGAGCGCCCGUUGUUGUCCACUCUAAAUUACAUAUCUUAAGUCCAAUAUCUGAUAAGUCUUCCCAAGAACCAGCUUCCGAAUUGUCCGAACAAAAUAAAACUCAACACACUUCCCCUGAGGAAAUUACACAAAUUGGCCAACAACUCCAAACAAGUUCCCAUACUUCAAUAUUAAACGUUGAAGUUACAAAAAUGCUACAACAGACAUCAACAGAUAUAUUAAAGAAAAAGAAACUACCCGCAAACAAGACACUUCUAAAUAUAACCGAUGAAAUUAUCGGUUCCGACAGUGGCAUUUCACUUCAUUCGCGCGAAGACUCUAAAUUAAGUGCUGGUAUUCAAAAUUUUAGUCUUUUAAAGCUUAACAUCCCACAGUCUGACAAAGUAAAUGAAAGCAGCACUAGUGCAGCGGCAACUGCUGCUCACUCAUGCGGGGUACCAAAAGAUUUACGUGAUCUACCCUUUGAUAUGCCAAAAUUAAGACGAAAAAAGGCUCUACAACAGGAAACUUGUACAUCCGGAAGUGCCACAUCUGUGGAUUUGGGUGAUUUACCAUUUGACAUGCCGAAAUUGAGAAGACGACUCCGCACGAAUCAAACAGAAACUGGACUUUUAUCACAUAGUACUGAAUCGAGCGGAUUAUCACAAGCGUCCUCUAGUCAUUCAAUGCGUGAUGAAAAUAAAAUAUCCCUAAAGUUAGAUGGUGCUAUUUUUCGACAAAAUUUAACUUUAAACUUCAAUGAACCGCGGCCAGCUAAUAAAUUUGGUAGUCUCGAUUUACGAGGUGUUUCAUCUAACAAAGAACUUAAUCUUAAUAUAGCAAAAGGCUUCACCUCAGCUGUCGAUUUAAUUGAUAUUUCUAUACCACUUGAGCGCCAAGGUUGGUAUCAUGGUGCUAUUACUCGUAUUGAGGCAGAGAACACCUUGCGGCCACUCAAUGAAGGAAGUUUUCUUGUGCGCAACUGCGAAUCCACCAAGCAAGACUACUCACUUUCCCUUAAGGGUGCCAAAGGAUUUAUGCAUAUGCGCAUCCAACGCAACGAAUCGGGCCAAUACAUUUUAGGCCAGUUUAGUCGUCCAUUUGAAGCUGUCCCCGAUAUGAUCCGACAUUUUUGCCUAAAUCGCUUGCCAGUUCGUGGAGCAGAGCAUAUGUGUUUAAUUGAGCCAGUCAUAGUUCAGUUAUUAUAGGCCUUUAUA